CAGGGCAAGCUGAUGGAGGCGGAGAAGAUGUACGAGCGAGCACUAGUAGGCUGCGAGAAGGCACUAGUUCCUCACCACAUAUCCACCCUUGAUACUGUCAACAAUCUUAGGAAUCUCUACGCUAAUCAGGGUAAGCUAAAGGAGGCAGAAAAUAUGUAUAAACAA